AUGCAUCUUACUCCCCUUAUUAUAUCCUCAUCUUUAAUUAUUAUGUUAAUUACUUUAUUUUUACCCAUUUUGUCUACCCUAUCACCCUCCCCAUUAAAAGCUCAAUGAGCACUUCUAAGUGUUAAAACCGCCGUAAAAUUGGCCUUCUUUUUUAGUCUCUUGCCUUUAUUUCUAUUCCUUGACCAGGGAGCAGAAACAGUAGUAUCCACUUGAAACUGAAUAAAUACGCUAGCAUUCAAUAUCACCAUCAGUUUCAAAUUCGAUUUAUAUUCUUGUGUCUUUAUUCCUGUAGCCCUUUACGUCACCUGAUCAAUUUUGGAAUUUGCAUCAUGGUAUAUACACUCGGACCCUUAUAUAAAUCGAUUUUUUAAAUACCUUUUAAUUUUCUUAAUAGCUAUAAUUAUCCUUGUAACUGCCAACAAUCUCUUCCAGUUAUUUAUUGGCUGAGAAGGAGUAGGAAUUAUGUCUUUCCUCCUAAUUGGUUGAUGAUACGGUCGAGCCGACGCUAAUACAGCAGCUCUUCAAGCAGUAGUCUACAAUCGGGUGGGGGAUAUUGGACUAAUUCUUGCCAUAGCAUGAAUUGCUACCAAAAUGCACUCUUGAGAAAUUAACCAAAUCUUCAUCUUAUCUAAAGACUUCGACGUAACCCUCCCACUUAUUGGUCUUAUCCUUGCUGCUACUGGUAAAUCUGCACAGUUCGGCCUUCACCCCUGACUUCCCUCUGCUAUAGAGGGCCCUACACCGGUCUCUGCCCUACUGCACUCAAGUACUAUAGUUGUAGCCGGCAUUUUUUUACUUAUUCGACUCAGCCCUAUAAUAGAAAAUAACAGCACUGCCCUUACUAUUUGCCUUUGUUUAGGAGCCUUAACUACUCUUUUUACUGCCACAUGUGCUUUAACCCAAAAUGAUAUUAAAAAAAUUGUAGCAUUCUCCACCUCUAGCCAACUAGGUUUGAUGAUAGUUACCAUUGGCUUAAAUCAACCACAGUUAGCCUUUUUACACAUUUGUACCCACGCCUUCUUUAAGGCUAUACUAUUUUUAUGCUCUGGGUCUAUUAUUCAUAGCCUAAACGAUGAACAAGAUAUCCGUAAAAUAGGCGGUAUACACCAUCUGGCUCCUUUCACCUCAUCUUGUUUAACCAUCGGCAGCCUCGCUCUGACCGGCACCCCUUUCCUAGCAGGAUUUUUUUCUAAAGAUGCUAUUAUUGAAGCACUAAAUUCAUCAUACCUAAACGCCUGAGCCCUAAUCCUAACCCUUCUCGCUACGUCCUUUACUGCUAUCUACAGUCUCCGAGUAGUUUAUUUUGUCACCAUACAUCACCCCCGAUUCAAUGCUUUCUCCCCUAUUAAUGAAAACAACACAGCAGUAAUUAAUCCUAUUAAGCGACUAGCUUGAGGAAGUUUAAUUGCGGGCCUAUUAAUUACAUCAAAUCUCCUCCCUUUAAAUACCCCUGUUAUGACUAUACACCCUCUGCUUAAACUAGCUGCUCUUCUCGUAACCGUAUUAGGAUUAAUUACCGCACUAGAACUUGCUUCCUUGACAUCAAAACAAUUUAAAGUAUAUCCUCAACAAACCUUUCACCAUUUCUCCAAUAUACUAGGGUUUUAUCCCCAUAUUAUUCAUCGUUUCAUACCUAAGAUAAAUUUAAUACUUGGCCAGGCUGUCGCCACUCAGACUGUUGAUCAAACCUGAUUAGAAAAAACAGGCCCUAAAGCUAUUUGUUCCCUUAAUAUUCCUAUAGCCUCAACUGUAAGUAAUGUCCAACAAGGCUCAAUUAAAGUUUACCUAUCCCUUUUCUUCUUUACAACUAUCCUAGCUUUAGUUAUUUUAUUGAUUUAA